CAUGAAUGGAAAAUUGGCAUCCCAUCCGCGACGCAGCAUCGAUCGGAGGAGAAUCAAGUGAGAAUUAUUCAUUACUUAGCUGUAUUGUGAUUGUGUUGGGGAAAUUUUAUAUAUAUAUAUAUAUAUAAAUGAGGGGAGGUGGGUGGAUGGUUGCGGCAAGCAUUGGGGCAGUGGAAUCGCUCAAGGAUCAAUUAGGGGUUUGCAGAUGGAAUUACGUGUUGAGAUCGAUGCAGCAGAACGCCAGAUCGAGGCUCCAAUCUGCCUAUAAAUACGCCCAAUCGGUGGAUGGUUCUGACUCUGAUUCUGCGGGGAACAGGAGCAAGGACAGGUUGAGGAUGGCGGGGGAUAAUGUGGAGUUUGAGAGGCUUAAGAAGACGGAGAGAUCUAUGAAGCAAGUCAUGGCUUUGAGCUGUUGGGGACCUACUACCGUUAGGUUCUGAAUUCUGAUCAAUUAUUAGAGAUCAUGUAUAGAUAAAUUGAAGAUGAUGAUGACAAUGAUGGUGAAGUACUGCUUCUGCAUUUUUCGACUGAGCUAGAUCCGAAAACAAUUACAGAUUUAUUAAAGCUUCCAUUUCAUAA